GCCGCCCGCCCGAACGCGCCGCCCGCUCGCGCGGCCACCAUGGAGCGCCCGGGAGCGGGAGGAAUAAAUUCCAAUGGAUGUGAAAAUGUGUCAGAGGAAGAGAAAAUAUUAGGGGAAUUCGAAGCCAAUACUGUGGAUCCUCUGGUAGACCUGCCAUUUGCUACUAUAGAUAUUAAAGAUGAUUGUGAAAUCACUGAGGUGUCUCAAAUACAUUUGAAGAGAAGUGAAGAAAAUGAAGAAAUCAAGAGUGAUCCAAUAAAGAAAAAAAGGCAAAAAGAUUAUCAACCCAACUAUUUUCUUUCCAUUCCGAUCACCAACAAAGAGAUUACAAGAGGAAUUAAGAUCCUGCAAAAUGCAAUAAUACAACAAGAUCGGCGACUGGCUAAAGCAAUGGCUGGCGAUGGUUCCUUUCAUAUUACCCUGCUAGUGAUGCAAUUAUUAAGUGAAGAUGAAAUAAACAUUGGUAUUGAUGCUCUCUUGGAAUUGAAACCAUUCAUAGAAGAAAUCCUUCAAGGAAAACAUCUGAUUUUGCCCUUUCAAGGGAUUGGCACUUUUGGAAAUCAAGUUGGAUUUGUGAAGCUGGCCGAAGGAGAUCACAUAAACCUACUUUUGGAGAUAGCAGAGAUUGCAAAAAGGACAUUUCAAGGAAAAGGCAUCCUGGCAGGAGAAAGCAGAAGUUUUAAACCUCAUUUGACCUUCAUGAAGUUGUCCAAAGCACCAUGGCUCCGUAGGAAUGGAGUGAAAAAAAUAGACCCUGAAUUAUAUGAAAAAUUUGUCAGUCACAGAUUUGGAGAAGAAGUGUUAUAUCGCAUAGAUCUUUGCUCCAUGCAGAAGAAAAAACAAAGUAAUGGUUAUUAUCACUGUGAGUCUUCAAUUGUGAUUGGUGAAAAGAGCGGAGGGGAGCCUGAUGACGCAGAACUGGUAAGGCUCAGUAAGAGGCUGGUGGAAAACGCAGUGCUCAAGGCUGUCCAGCAAUAUCUGGAUGAAACACAGAAUAAAAACAAGCCAGGGGAGGGGAGCUCUGUGAAAACUGAAGAGGCCGAUCGGAAUGGCCAUGACAGUGAGAACAACAGGAAAUGAGACCGAAAGGCAGGUUCCCGCUGCUCCCCGAGAAGCAUCCUGCUCCCCUCUGCUGAGUCGAGGGACUGACUUGCAAUGUGCUGUUUGAGUUUCUCUUGUUCAGUCCGUGGAGAUUGCCUAAUAUUUUUGUGAUUGAUGUGUUUGCAUUUCUGGAACUUGACAGAAGAAGGAUGGAGUGCUGGGACUGGCAGAGGAAAUUAAUUUAUGAAAGAACAUCCCAAGUUUCACUUGCCCUCCGCCAUACACAACAGAGCAGUGACUUGGGUUGUGCCUCCUGGACACAAAGGCCGUGCACGAGGCCUUGCCAUAAACAGAAUACUGCCAUUUAUAUCGAUUAGCAGGGCAUGUGACUACUUUAUCUGAGGACAGAACUCUCACACACAGCUAUCCAGUGCUAAGGGUAAAAUAAUCACUGUUGAAACGCUCAUCUGUACAAUUAGUCCAUAAUAUUUUGUGUUUGUCCUAAGUGUGCUAUUGCUAUGCAGUGAUCUGUAUUUAUAGUAGAUUAUGUUCUAUGUAAAUGAUAUAUUUUUGGUGAAAUGCAACCUUUUCUAUAAAAUGUGGCCAACAUUUUAAAGGUUUUUUUUUAACCUUCAUUUUGAUAAGUCAGUGUGCCAUAUUUAAUGUUUUUCUUUGGCAUUUGUACUUUAAAGGUAUUAUAUAAUUUUUUUUUCUUAGGCAAGAAACCUAUUGGAAUUCAAGACUUAAUUGAUGAAGCUUUGCGUCAAGAAAGGAUGAAUCUGAAGUCCAAAGUGAAACAGAUAAGGGAACUUUUAUUAGAGCCCGAGACUCAGGCCAAAAUUAGAAGGGAGCUUUUUGAAGGAAGACUCAUUAACUACAGUAAUCAAGCGAAUGAUGUUGAUUUGGGUAUGACUUUAACAUAAGCUCUGACAUUGCUGUUAUGGCAACAUAGUUUGUGAAAUCUUUUCAGCUUAUUAAAUAACUCUUUGGUAAAUACUCCAGAAAUGUUCUGGUAAUUUCUGCACAACAGCAAAUCAGCAUUUGGUAAGAAAUUAACAAUUUCUUGCUAAAGAAACUGAUUCUGCCCUUUUAUUUUUUGAGCUAAACUUGUGUUUUAGAAUGUCUGUUUCUGUAAUAUUGAUAGUUAUUUUAUAGAAAUGACUUCUUAAUUAGCUGUUGUGAGAUGUUUCUUGGGUCCUUACAGAUAACAAUUAUAGACUGUGAAAAAAUCAUCUACAGACAAAAACAAAAAAAAAGCCAACAACAGUAUUUUAAGGGUCACUAGCCUCCUGUUAACAUGAUUGUUAUAAAAUCAAAAGAAGCAUUGUCCAGGUUUGUCUAUAUCUAGUGUUACUUUCAAUGAGAAUUUGAAUGUUUAUUGAAUAUUAGUACUUGAACGAACAUUUAUAAAUGUUAUUAUCGCAAUCACUGGUUAAGAAUGUUUUAUAAUACCUGUAUAUUAUUUUUCACAGAUCAAAAUGUAGUUUGCUUUUUCAUUUCUUAAUGAACAAAUGUUUGGGAUUUUUAUUUUCUACUUUUUUGAAGAUAAGCUCCAGGUUUUAUCAUAUCCCUUACAAUCUGAAUUUGUUUGCACUGGUUUAUUUUUAAAGAGCACUCUUGAACAAUUUCCCCAAAUAUGAUGAUUAUUGUUAACAGCUUUCUCUAUACGUUGUAAAAUUGCUGCUACCAAUAAAUCAUGAUGGAGGGGGAAGUUAUUGGAGAUCAAAUAUGUAAUCAUUUCAAAUAUAAAAUCCAGUUUACUCAUGGAUUUUAGCUAUUUUUUCACUGGGUAAAUUAUACUACAUUUAUUUAUAAAUGAGUUUAUGCAUUUUCAUGCCUCUUAAUAAAUGCAUUGUUUUCCCUUGU